CGCCAUCUCCAAUCCGAAGCCCGCGCGCCACACCCGAUUCCUUCUCCCGAUAAACCCUAACAAAAAUUUCCCAUCCCACCAAAAAAUUUCUGUCACUUUCGCGGGAAAACACAGACCAGAGAGUAACCGAAGCUCAAUCAGCGAACAGCAAGAGGUAGAACCAGAAAGAGAAAGAAGAAAUGAAGGGCGGGACAGUUCAGAUCAACUGGCACGACAUGAAGCCCGUGUUGUCACUUGACUUUCACCCGAUAUCCGGUCUCCUCGCCACCGGCGGCGCUGAUUGCGACAUCAAGCUUUGGUUGAUAAGUUCGGGCGAGCCACCGAAGAAAACUCCAACAGCUACUUACCAGAAUAGCCUUUCGUAUCAUGGCUCGGCCGUCAAUGUCCUUCGCUUCUCUCCGUGUGGUGAAUUGCUUGCUUCUGGUGCUGAUGGAGGUGAGCUUCUCUUGUGGAAAUUACAUGCCACAGAGUCUGGGGAAGUGUGGAAAGUUCUCAAGAAUCUAUCGUUUCACCGGAAAGAUGUACUAGAUAUGGAAUGGUCUGUUGACUCUGCAUUUCUGAUAUCUGGGUCAGUUGAUAACUCAUGCAUCAUAUGGGACAUCAACAAAGGCUGUGUUCAUCAGAUGUUGGAUGCUCAUCUACAUUAUGUCCAAGGUGUUGCUUGGGAUCCUUUGGGGAAGUACGUUGCAUCUCUUAGCUCAGAUAGAACUUGCAGAGUUUACUGCAAUAAAACAAAGACAAAGUCAAAAGGAGUCCCUGAGAAAAGUUACAUUUGCCAACAUGUCAUAACGAAAGCUGAGCAGCAGCAGGCGAAGGAUGACUCCAAGUCUACAAAGACACAUCUCUUUUUUGACGAAACAUUGCCUUCCUUCUUCCGAAGAUUAGCAUGGUCUCCUGAUGGUUCUUUUCUAGUUGUGCCUGCAGGUUCCUACAAGACUUCUCCUUCAUCAGAAACGGUGAACACAGCUUAUGUAUUUUCCAGGAAGGAUCUCUCCAGGCAAGAUAUUUUACUUAGAAACACUCAACCGGCAUUACUACUUCCUGGUGCUUCUAAACCUAUCAUAGCUGUGAGAUUCUGUCCCUUGCAGUUCACCCUCAGGGGGUCAAAUUCAGCUGGGCUCUUCAAGCUUCCUUAUCGCCUGAUCUUCGCGGUGGCAACUCUAAACUCGCUAUACAUAUAUGAUACCGAAAGCGCACCUCCGGUAGCAGUUCUCGCUGGUCUUCACUAUGCAGCCAUAACAGACAUCGCUUGGUCUUCUAAUGGCCAGCUUCUCGCUGUCUCGUCUCAAGAUGGCUACUGCACCUUGGUUGAAUUCGAGAACAACGAACUGGGCACGCCUAUCACUCCCCAAGUAGUAGCAAAGAAAAGCAUGUCUCAGGAGACUAAUAAUAGCUCAGCUGGCAAGAAACUGGAAGUCAUUGUUCUAGACAGGGAAGAAGCACCUUCUGAUGCUGUUACCUGCUGCACAGUAGCAGAAGCGGUAGGAAAGAAGAUUGGAGAAGAGAAGACUAUACCAUCGCCGAUUCCACUGGUGGCGCCAGCUGCAGCUCCAGCUCCGAAUCCCAGUGCAAGUAACAAGGCUGCGAGGAAACGGAUUACUCCCAUGGCGAUUGAUCCGUAGGGAACAGGGAUGUAUAACAGGGUUGGGAAGUAUAGCUAAGCCAGUAACGAGAGCACAUUUUUGUGUGUAUGUAUGUUACUGUUCUCUCGUUAUUUUUUUCUUCUUUCUUCCUAGUGGUUCCUCUCUUUCUCGUGCUCUAUAAUCUUUCACUAAAACAGGAGACAACAAAGACUAAAACCGGUUUGGUACUAGCUAUUGUUGGAAUUUUGAUUUCAAAACGUUUUUGUAAGU